AUUGAAUAAAUUUGUAUGUUGAAUUCAUACAACCCUCAUGUCCAAACGAAAAGGGACAGUCUAUAAGAAUCUUGCUCUCUUUAGUUAAAAGAAAAAAACACCAAGAUCCCAUGCAAAGUUUGUUUUGAAAUUUUAUUAAUUAGAGAGAGAGAGAUAGACAGACAGAGGAGUGAAGUUCAAAUGGGUAGAAAACCUUGCUGCUCAAAAGAAGGACUGAACAGAGGAGCUUGGAAUGCUAUUGAGGACCAGAUUCUGAUAGAUUACAUCAAAGCCAAUGGUGAAGGCAAAUGGGGAAAUAUUCCCAAGAAAGCUGGCUUAAAGAGAUGUGGAAAGAGUUGCAGGCUUAGAUGGCUGAACUAUUUGAGGCCUGAUAUCAAGAGAGGAAACAUAUCUGAACAAGAAGAAGAUCUUAUCAUUAGGCUUCACAAGUUGCUAGGCAACAGAUGGUCUUUGAUAGCGGGGAGACUUCCAGGACGAACAGACAAUGAAAUAAAAAAUUACUGGAACUCAACCUUAGGAAAAAAGGUUGGAGGUGAACAACUGAAGCAAUCUAAAGACCAAAAUUUGAAGAAAGCCAAGACACAAUCAGCGGCUGAAACCCCACAAUUCACUGCAAUUAAAACCAAGGCAUCGAAGUGCUCCAAGUUUUUAGUCACCCACCAGGAGCCAUAUAAAGCUGAAAAUGUUGAUUCUAUCCCGGUGCAUGAUGCCAAACUGAGUGAUGGAACAUUUUCUACCACAUCAGAGGAAACUCAUUCAGUGAACUCAACACUGGAUUUUGAUAUAGCGGAUCUUCUGGCGCUUGAUAUCUCAGAUUCAGAGUUUUGGAAGUCCUGUCAGAAUAAUAAUAGCAUAGAAGAAGCUGAAAGCAGCGGUGUUGCCAGGAAAACCUGGUUUUCUUCAGAUCAACAUCUUCAAUUUUCCGAGGAACUGCUCAAAGAUUGGAUAAGAUAUGAUAUGUAG